AUGGCAGGCGACAAGAGCAAAGUCCACUGGAGCAGACUGGGACCGAAGGGUAAUGAGUGCCGCUACACGAGUCUACGGGAUUCGGGGACAUUUAAGACUGAAAUGACCGGAAUGACCAGGACAAGCCGAGAUAAGUGUCCAGACACUGGCUUUGUGAAGACAGGAGUUGGUCCCCUGGUGUGUUUUUAUGGUUCUGUUAAACAAGAAGACGCUCAAGAGUGGUGCGUUGCUAUAUCAGGUAAUCAAAGGGACGAGGGGUCCAUCAGCUGUAAUGCAGAGGCGCCAGUGAUUUUCAAAGAGGAGCCCACGGAAGUGGAACUUUCUUCCCUUCUUAAGAAAGAAGUGCCAUCAUAUGAGUGUAUAGGCAACAAUACAGUCACCAUCUGUAACGUGGUGGAGAACAGUCUGAGCAGAUCUGUGCAGAAAAGUCCAUUCUUGGAAAGGCAGGUUUGUGAAUUUGAGGGUGAGAAUGCACACAAGAAAUUAAAAAUGAAUGUCUUCAGGAUGGAAAGUAUGGAGAGUGAGCCACAGGCUGUAGGUGACCUUCAUGAGUGUAGUGAUAAGUCAACCAAAUUACACAACUUACACUACCGUGAUAUACACCACAGUGAUGACAAAAGGAGAAGGCCUUACCAAUGUCCUGAAUGUGGAAAGAGAUUCACACAUACGUCCACACUUAGAUGUCACCAGAGAAUUCACACUGGCGACAUGCCUUACCAAUGUGCUGAAUGUGGGAAGAGAUUCAAAUAUAGUUACUCGCUUAGAUGUCACCAGAGAAUUCACACUGGCGAGACUCCAUAUCAAUGUACCGAAUGUGCGAAGUGUUUUAAACGAAACUCAGAACUUAGAAGUCACCAGAAAACUCACACGGGAGAAAAAACUCAUUUGUGCACCCAGUGUGGCCGGAGUUUCGCAAGGAGUUCAACCCUUAGACGUCACCAAGACGUUCACACUGGAAGAAAGCCCUAUCAAUGUAAACAGUGUGGAAAGAAGUUCAGCCAGAAGGCUAGCCUUAGCACUCAUCUGAGGAUUCACACGGGAGAGAAGCAGUACCAGUGUAGCACGUGUGGAAAGACUUUCAGAAAGCGCGUGGACCUCGAGUUUCACGAGAGAACUCACAGAAGAGAGAAAUCUCAUCAGUGCACUAAGUAUGGAAAAGGUUUCAAAUGGAAUUCAGCGCUCGCACGACCCCAAGCAUUGCACACGGGGGAAAAACCAUUUCAGUGUAACGAAUGUGGAAAGAGUUUUGUUCAAGUUUCACACCAUAGUGUUCAUAAUGGAGAAAAGCUGUACCAGUGUAAAGAAUGCGGGAAGAGUUUCCAGCAAGGCUCAAGUCUCAAACGCCACCAGAGAAUUCAGACCGGCGAAACGCCUUAUCAAUGUGACGAAUAUGCAAAGAGUUUUAAAGAGAGUUCAAGACUCAGAUGUCACCAGAAAACUCACACAGGAGAAAAACGUCACUUGUGCACCCAGUGUGGUAAGAGUUUCUCAAGGAGUUCAACCCUUAGACGUCACCAAAACAUUCACACUGGAGAAAAACCCUAUCAUUGUAUCCAUUGUGGAAAGAAGUUCAGACAGGUUUCCAACCUUAAGAGUCAUCUGAGGAUACACACGAGAGAGAAGCAGUACCAGUGUGGCAAGCCAGUGUGGAAAGACUUUCAGAGAUCGUGA